AUGUCAGCAAAUGUGUAUCUCAAUCCCAAAGUCCUUGACGACUACCUGGAACUGCAUGUUGUUGCAGCAGAGCUUGUCCAAAAUUUCAUUGAACAGUGGGCUAUUGUAAUUGCACAGAAAUUCAAGGAGCGGCGCAUCGCACAUCAAUGGAGGCAGGAUACAUUAGAGCAGCAACCACUCGCUUCUGCUCCACACAGGGAUUCACAUCCUCUCAUCCCUCAGCCAUGUGAUAUACCAUCAGGCUCUUACUUUGAGUUCAUUGGCCGAGCGCCAGGUCCUUUCAAACAUCCUUUGCACUCUCAUUUUCCCCACACAUCAGGAGUUACAGUACCAAAGACAGUCACAUGGCAUCUUCAACAGAGAGAACCAAUUAUGAGUGAUGUUAUCUGUGGACUGCAAGAUGUGAGGCUAGGUGAUGAACGAGCAGAUGAAGAAACACUGGGAGUAUCAUAUGCCGACGCCCUGCAAGUAUAUGCUGAAUCUUUGCCCCCCUCCAUCCGUGCUGGUGAUCCACAUCUCCCUACUGAAAAUCAUUACAUUCAUCCUUCGGUCCGAGCAAAAAUUUUGGUCCCUGCCACUAUGACUACAUCUCUUGCAACCAAAGGUCGGACAUCCUCUUCUGGUGCAUCACUAUUACCGAUUUCAGAUACAUUUCAUGAAGAAGACACCGCUGUUGAGGAAGUUCUUGAGUAUAUUCAGAACAAGGCUAUGGAGCUUGCUACCCGGUUUCACAAGUCCCCCUGUCGCUACUUAGAACAUUUUUACAUUGGAUCAGCCUUACGCCAUCAGAAGCGAAAGAAGAUGAAUGCAUGGUCUGCUUUCAUGCACUUCAAAGGCAUGGAGACUAAUCAAGGCCAGUACAAUUUCCCCUCGUAUUUUCAUAAUUUUAAUUCCUUAGUCACAAGAGAUAAUGUGCGCAAGCUUGUCAAAAGGGCCAGCGACUAUCAUGACCUUUCUGCUGAGGAAUGCAAGCAACUUGUUAUUGCCUUUGAUGAGGAGAAAGAGGCUGCUCGCCACAGGCCCCCCAAUCUUUUCAAGGCAAUUGUAGACAAGGUCGAAGCUCUGAAGCAAUGGAUUGGAACAGAGGCACUUGUCAUCCUAGUGCACGGUACCUGCAAUCUCAACAUCAAGCCAAAGGUUCAUUUCACCAGUUCCGCUGUUGAACAAUACCACAGGACAGCAACACAGAAGCACGUGAUGGAGUUUGCAUGCAAGCUAGAAGGAUAUGUCAUCUCUGGAGGCUUGUCUCUCACUCACAAGGAACGUGUCAAGAAAGCCAAGCAGACUAUUAGGGGUGUUGCAAUCACUGGCUGUUUGGAGGCCAACUUUGAGUAUCUGCACUAUGAACAUGUAGUUCAAAAGUUCCUUGUGAAGGUUGUGGGAUGGACUCACAGCGACUGGGCAAACCCAAAUGCUGUCGAGGGGAAGAUAUGCAAGUUUGUGACAAUCACUCAGGAGGAGGCUAAUGAGCACCUCAAGUGCAUUGCUGCAGGUGAAACCCUCAUGCCCAACAUGGAUAAGGACACCUCUUUGAGUAGAGACAUCAAUGUAGAGCCCUCCAAAGCGCCACCACAAACACCAGUCCAGCAAACCCCAACCACAUCAGCCUUGACCACUGCCACGUCAUCACAUACUACAGCUGCUGCCACGUCAUUGCCUACUAAUGCUAAUGUUAUCACGUCCACCUCAUCCAAGUCUACUGCCACAUCAUCAGCCUUGCCUAACAACACAUCAUUGACGCAAAUCUCCGACUCACAAAUUGAUCCAAGUCUUCUAAAUAAUGGGGGUGAGGGAGUUUCUACAGCGGCAACUGCACCAUCCAUCCCUUUGACUCCUUCAGCCAUCCCACCUGUGCCUACACCCAACUGCAUCAACCCUACACCACAGUUUAUCUUUCCUACCCCAGAUCUCACUCCCUCCUUGACUGUUUGUCCAGCAUCUCUCAGUGACCCCUCUGGUGCUCAGGACAUGUCAGCACUAACUGCCGGCACAAACCACAAGUGGUGUGCACCAGCAGCUCCUGAGGAACUGAGGUCCAAGUGCCCAAAAAAACCCUCAGCUAGGGCACUUGCAGCAGAGACAGCUAAAGGAGGCCAAAGGAAGAAGAAGGGCAAAGGAGGAAGAGCUAAGAAGGAUUCUAAACCCAAGAGUGCUGCAUAUGUUGAUUCCAAGCAUGAGAAUGAUCCCACCCCCACAUAG